UUUCAACAUGUGAUAAGUCCUGCGUGUAAAGUUUCUCGAGAAAAGUUCCUUCCCCGCAUCUUUUAUACCUCCGCUGUACCCAUCGUCAUCCUGCACUUUCGGAGACGUCGAAGCGCAUGACGGCGAGUGUAGCACAAGGCUUCCAAGGGCCGUUCCUCAUCGGGCUGGCUGUGAAUAUCUUCCUGCACGGUCUCGCCACCACGCAGGUAUACUUGUAUCUCACAAUGUAUAAAAAAGAUAGAUUAUGGUUGAAGUCAUUCGUAGUGAUUUUGUACUUGUUAGACACGUUCAACUGUGUCGUCAGCAUUUACUACAUCUAUAAUGCACUAAUCAUUAACUUUGGUGAUGAGGCGAACCUUGUGCGUGGCAACUGGGCAUUCGCAGCUGGUGCCGCCUCGACGGGCGUUGUCAGCGUGGCGGUACAACACUUCUUUGCCUGGAGGGCACAUGUGGUUACCAAGAAUGUUUUCAUUGUGGCGGCUAUCGUUCUAUGUAGCCUGGCCAACUUGGCAGGCUCGCUCGCCACCACCGUCGGUCUGGCCCUCGACCCAAGUAUUUUCCUGGUUCCAGACCUACGAAUUGAGGUUUCGAUGUGGUUGGUUGGGGCAGUCAUCGCUGAUGCGAUCAUUGCCGUUUCGCUCGUGUGGCAUCUGGGAAGACACAAGAGUUUUUACCCUGCACUGAACAGCACUAUUAAUCGGAUCCUCAGGAUGACUGUACAGACUGGGGUCGUAACGACCAUCGUUGCUAUCGUAGACUUGACGUGCUACAUGACCAACAGUAUGGGCAAUUAUGUGUUAUUCAGCCAGAUACUAUCAAAGCUAUACACAAACUGCAUGUUAUCCACCUUGAACGCUCGUACGCCACAUAAAUAUGAUGGGUCGUCAGAGGACGAAGUAAGCCAUGGCAGGAGCAAUCAUCCUGGGGUGGUUGUGUUUCAACCGCAGAGGACGCAGCCGGAGGUGUUCGUGCAGGUCGAAACGCACCCGUUGGCCGACAUGGACGAUAAACCGUCACAGGGUAUGCAAUACUUCUAAACAUGGAUGGAACGGCGAGGAAGACAGGACGAACGA